UUUUUUAUUAUCUUUUCUCUUUAUCUUUUUUUUUAUAUACAUUUACCCAACCCACCAUACAUUCCUUCAAUAAAUAAAUCAUGUCUAGCACACUCUUUAACGAUAUUAGACAACAAAAUACAUAUGUUCAGCCAUUAUUACAUGAACCACCUGUUGUCUAUGGCAACCUUCCUCAGUAUUACCAACAGCAACAACAACAACAACAUAUUAUGCAAUAUCCCCCACACAAUGUGGUGUAUGGUCCUCCCCCAACACAAAUUUACUAUAAUCAAAACGAAAUGAUGGUCAAGAGCAGUUCUUCUUCCAUCUCUUCUUCAAAUAACUCACCACGUACCCCUCCUCCUCGAUUACAUUCCUCUUCUCCACCACGUCUUGUCACUCCUUUAACUCCACCACCUUCAACAGAAGAUCGUGUCAAAGAAACAAUUGCUCGCGCAAAUGCCAUUCCUGCUGAAUUCUAUCAAACAGAGUUUCUCGAGUAUUCCAAAAAAUCAUACGAUGGACGUAAAAGAAAGAGAACGGACUCUAAUAACGAUGAACCUUGCAAGAAAUUAAAUCAGGGAGAAGACGCUGGUGACCCUGAAGAGAUUCUUAGUACGAAUGAAAUGCGUCGACAGAUUCACAUACAAUCCGAACAAAAGAGACGUGCUCAAAUCAAGGACGGCUUCGAUAUCUUGAAAAGUCAUUUACCUGGCUGCUCCAAUAAGAAAUUGAGUAAAGCUGCCUUAUUAACUAGAACAGUACAACAAUUAGAACACAUGAAGAAGAUGCAAGCUGAACUCUUGGCUGAAGUAGAACGUCUCGCUGAAGAAAACACAAGCCUAAAAAUGAUGCAACAUUAAAAUAAACAUACUUCUUUUGAUAGCGUCAUACUAUAAU